UACUUCCAAUUCCAUAUCAUGUAUCAGGAUAUGUGAAAUUCUGUGGUGUUUCAUGUUCAAAAUACUGUCGGUGUCAAACUGAUCAAUUUUUUCCGUUCAAAAUAUGAUCUAUUGACUAUUGAUCAUUGAUGUUCAUGAAUCACUGCUGCCUGACUACUUUCACUUAAAAAUGUUGGAUGGCAUGAUGCCAUGUCUAAUGGUGGGGAACAUUGGUUACUGGCAGCAUGUGGGAUCAAGCUUGCCACAGCAGGGUAUGGUGUGUUUGGGAUUGAUUAUGAGGGCCACGGCAAGUCCAUGGGUGCCAGGUGCUACAUCCAGAAGUUUGAAAAUCUUGUGGCUGACUGCGACAGGUUCUUCAAGUCCAUCUGUGCCAUGGAGGAUUACAGAAACAAAAGCCGAUUCUUGUACGGCGAGUCCAUGGGAGGAGCCGUGGCUCUACUGCUGCACAGGAAGGAUCCGAUCUUCUGGGACGGUGCUGUCCUUGUAGCGCCAAUGUGCAAGAUAUCAGAGAAAGUGAAACCACACCCCGUCGUGAUCACCCUCCUGACGCAGGUGGAAGAGAUCAUCCCGAAGUGGAAGAUACUCCCCACCAAAGACGUCAUCGACUCUGCGUUCAAGGACCCUGUGAAGCGCGAAAAGAUCAGGAAGAACAAGCUCAUCUACCAGGAUAAGCCCCGGCUUAAGACAGCACUGGAGCUGCUCAGAACAAGCAUGGAUGUGGAAGAUAGCCUGUCAGAGGAGGAGGCUCCCGCCCGUCGAGAAUGGCCACGGCCACGACGGCGCGGUCGUCACCUCCAGGAGGUCCUCAUGUCCACCGAUGACAUCCCGCCGUCCUCCGACGUCGACGCCAUCAUCCUCCGAUUCUUACGCCACUUCAGGGACCCGCGCGACGCCAGCCGUGUCGACCAGGGAAGAAGAGCAUUGAUGGGAAAUAUGUAA